AAAGCCAUUGGCAAUCAUGGUAUAAUGAUAAAAGAAGCACAACAAAAGUGGUUGAGGGGCUGCUCAGCUUAUUAAAUGUCAUUCCUCCCCCCUCCUUUUCUAUUCAAAAUUCGAACUCACACCACAUUUCCCAACACCCUCCUUACCCUGCUGCUUUCUAGCUCUUAGUCUUAUAGUUUUUGCAUUUUCUUGAGAAACAGAAAGAAAUCUCUAGGGUUUGUAGUACUAAUGGAAGUAAAGAAUACAGAGAGGAAGCUCAUCUGCUAGGAGUCUGAAGAAAAGGAAAGAGAGUUGGAAAAUGAACACGGCAAGAUUCAUCAAGUGUGUCACAGUUGGUGAUGGAGCUGUCGGAAAGACCUGCAUGCUUAUUUCUUAUACAAGCAAUACCUUUCCCACAGAUUAUGUGCCUACUGUGUUCGACAACUUCAGUGCUAAUGUCGUGGUUGAUGGCAGCACAGUUAACCUUGGACUAUGGGAUACUGCGGGGCAGGAGGAUUACAACAGGUUGAGGCCAUUGAGUUAUAGGGGCGCAGAUGUUUUCUUGUUGGCCUUCUCACUCAUCAGCAGAGCCAGCUACGAAAAUAUCUCUAAGAAGUGGAUUCCUGAGCUGAGACAUUACGCCCCUACUGUGCCAAUAGUUCUUGUUGGAACCAAACGUGAUCUUCGGGAUCACAAGCAGUAUUUGAUUGAUCAUCCUGGGGCUACGCCUAUCACAACUGCUCAGGGUGAAGAGCUGAAGAGGGCAAUUGGUGCUGCUGUUUACAUAGAGUGCAGCUCCAAGACUCACCAGAAUGUUAAGGCUGUGUUUGAUGCUGCAAUCAAGGUGGUUUUGCAGCCCGCUAAACCGAAGAAAAGGCGACGGAAGCAAAGCCCAUGCACAUUACUCUAAAUCCAGUUCAUGUUAUAAUUCCCCUUUUGUAACAGCCAGGGGACGCGUGUGUCAGUCCUCUUCUGCUGUGUAUUCCAGUCUUUCGAACCUAUCAUGUUGUCCAGUUCCUAUUUUUCAAUCUACUAUGCACUAUGCUUCAUAUGCAUUUCAUAUAUAGGAAAAUAUAAGAUUUUACUAAUGUAAACUUUGUGAAGGUCAGAAUGUAAGAAACCCUCUUUUGUA